AUGGCGUCUGUGAGUGCAGUCACCGUAUCUGACGGUGGCUUGUCCACCGUCACUCUGUCGAAGAAGUCCAUUAGACGCGAGGUGGACAUCGUAGCGGGCGUGACUAUGAAAGAGCGAAACAAGCAGAGCCUUACGAUCUGUGUCGUUCGUGAAGAGAGUGUGAGGAAGCUAGAAAUGGCUUGCAAGUAUAUCCGUGGACUUUUUGAACGAGACUCGCCGCCAAUGGCCUACACAUCCGUCGCACUUCUCCAGCAGACCAUCGACGCAGCUGAACUCUCGGGCAAGCAUCGCGUCUUGAACCUUCUCUUCAGCCCCGAAAUUGAAGAUGUGACCUUUGACGUGCCUUCUCAUUUCAGCCACCUGAAGAUUCUCCGAUGUGCUGCAAAGGGCGACAAAGGCAGACUGUUCGUGGACGGGUCAUCCACCUACAACAACGUCCGUCUGGACAAAUGGCAGCAACACCGACACAAGAACCACACUCUUAUCGUCGGCGACGAGAGAGGUGUUCGGAUCAAGCUGAAUGAUAUCGUCAGCCUCCCUCACUGGGCCAGAUGCCGCAGUAACUUCGAUGAAUCGGAGCAACAGGAACUCUUUCAGCAAUUCGAGAAGCUGUCGGAUAAAACUGCCUGGGACAACAUCAAGGGAGUUGUGUCCACCAUUUUGGGCAUUGCAGUCGGUGCCGUCAAGUUCGGCGUCAGGUUCAAUGGAAGCGCUGGCGGCAUCUACGUCAAGUACACGUUUGGAAUGCAUGCGAUUGAACUAGGGGCUGCUGGUGCCAAGGUCAGCGCUGUGGCCACAGCAGCAGGUUCGGCUGUCGUUCUCGGAGUGGCAGCUGCAGCUGCGGUCUACUUCAUACCAUGGGACAGCCUUUUUGCCUGGUUGAAGGGGGCGUUCAGCAGCUUCUGGGACAAGAUACGUAAGCUCUGGCAGCAGUUCAAGGGCUGGGUUGUGGAGCUAUUCACAAAGGAAUCUGAGCAUGAAGUCAACCAGCAAAAGAUGUUGGUCAAAGCUGCCUAG